ACAGUGAUUCUUAGAAUCAGGCUGUGACAGUGAAUAAGCUACAUACGGGCAGUGAUUCAAAGAAUAAAGGGUGUACACGCAGUUUAUAGUGUUGGCAUUGCUUUUACCACUAUUUUAACCCCCACUGGGAUGUGCCCACUAUGAAAGAAACGGAAUUCAGUCUUAAAUGUGCCUCCAAUCUCCGGUGUAAAAACCAAAUCUCCGGUUUGCCAAUAUGCCAGACUUGUGAGACGUGCGUAUUGUCCACCAAAAUUGCCGUCACUAAAGAAUGGUUCCUGAGAGCAGGAGAGUUCUCGCAGAGGAAGUUCGUCCUCGGGAUUGUGAGGCGAUUGGAAUGUUUGGAUCUCCUGUUGUCCGUGGAGAGCGUCCUGCAGCCGGUCCUAGGGAAGGACUUCACGUACAGCCGGUCUCGGAUAAACCCGAGUCUACAAGAAGAUGCCCACACCACGGGUUCAGACCGGGCCCUGAACCCACAGCUGUGGCAGCAAUUUGUGGCUGAGACGUGGCGGUGGUUCAAAGGCGGCACCACCUGGAGCAAACACAACUACGCGUUGCUGCUACUCAAGAUGUGUAAAGCGCAUUUAUUGCACAGUGUCGCCAACCUAAUUCACGUGCUGGUCGUACAAGGGGUGCACUCGUUUUUAGCAAAGAAAGGAAAGUUGGUCUCCGAAGAUGAAAGUCUCAGAUUGGGCGAACUGUUGGAAUACUAUGGCAUGAAGGAUCCUGAGCACUCCAGCCUUCUACACACCAUUGAUGACCCAUGUCUCAUGGUGGUACCGUCAUCCUUUAAGGCAACAUCAGGUGUGAGAAAAUACAAAGACUUCAUUCAGGGUCUACCUGUGCAUCUGUCUAAGAUGAUCCUAGGAUUUCUCGAUAAUAAAUCACUGUCCAGUUGUGCCUGUGUGUCUCAUCAUUGGUGCUUCAUGAUAAAGGACCUUCUACGGGAUCUCGGGGCAAAAAAAAUGAUUCAGAACGAUGCUAUGAUACUCCGGGGCACUUCAUCGAGAGGGGUGAAUGUUACUUAUGCGAAAAUACAAAACGUUCCGAUUCCAAAAAUUGGAGAUGAUGGAAAUGCUAUUUUACGGACAGAGAAAAAAAUUAUAGAGAAAAAGCCUGGGGAGAGCUUGGAAGCAGCGUACAUUGACAAUGAAACAGAGACAGUCCUGAUGGAAGAAAGAAAUGUCUACUGUGGACCGUACAAUGUCCUAAUGCUCUCGGGACAUGAAAAUCAGCACAAGGCAAUCCACUUUGACGGAGGACAAUUUGUGGCUGUGGGGGCUGCAGAUCGCAAAGUGAAAUUAUUGGACAUAUUUAAUAUGAAACAAGUUCCACCACUGUUUAAUGGACAUGCUGGGAGCAUCCACGUCGUACACUUGUGUGAGGAGCGGGGCUUUGUGUUCAGUGGAGGGUAUGAUCUCAGCAUCAGACGUUGGAACUUGCAAAGCGGAGUUUGCAUGAAAAUAUAUCUUGGACACAUGAGGACUAUUACAUGCCUUGAUGUAUGUGAAAAUGUGUUGGUUUCUGGAGCCAAAGAUAGACAAAUAAAAGUAUGGAAUCUAACUUCAGGCAAAUGUUUUAAGACAUUUAAACACAAAGAUGCCAUAUCAGAUGUUAAAAUAAAGGGACAAUACGUGGUGAGUGGCUGUGACAGAGGAAUUGUCAAAAUAUGGAACUUGGAAUCAGCAACUUUAAUUAAGUCUUUAUCAGGUCAUGAUGGGCCAGUAAAAUGCCUUGUCUUUGACCAGUGGCAUUUAUUGUCAGGAGGUGCGGAUGGAUAUGCGAUAGCCUGGAGCAUGCUGGGAACUGUCAAAAAACGCCUCAUGACCUUCAGGCAUCCAAAGGAGGUGACGUGUCUGGCUUUCGUCUAUCUCAGAGUCAUCACAGGCUGCGCUGAUGGCAAAAUCCGUGUGUUUAACUUUCUCGGUGGAGACUGCCUCCGAGAGAUGAGUGCCAAUAGCCGAGCAGACCCAGUGCUAUCAUUAUGUGUUCGAGACAAUAGAAUGGUGAUCAAUGUACACUCAAGCAUCAUGAUAUUCCAAUUUGAGGAGAUUUCAUGGGACUACUCCCAGGAGUCUGUGCGUUUCACUGUCCCCAAAGACAGAUACCAUUUUAAACUAGCACCGAUCAAAGCUCGCCCUUACAGUUAUGUGCGUGCGCAGAGAAUGAGGCAUAUUGGGUCAAGCGACAGGAAACUCUACCGACAGGAACAAAAGCUGGAACAUGACAAGAAUUGGCUGUCCCAUCAUGCUCGGAGUCUCUCUGCAAGAAGCAUGAAGCGAGCACAAGAUUUGCAUGAAGAGUCUCUGAAACCGAUCGCAUGGCCGGAUCUUCAGAAUUUCCACCGAAGCUUUGCAUACAUUGAUCUGCAGCCUGAAUUUCGGAAGAAGAUACCAUCAGCAACUAAAAGUCCUGAUGUAUUUACAAGAGCAAGCUCAGCUGGGGAAUGGAUUACAAAGGAUGAAUCUGAUGCUGAGUCAGGAUACUCUUCACACCGAUGCAAAUCAGCUCUUUCCCGAAGUGAGGAUGCCACUCUGAAAAGGAUAAAACAACGUGGACCUCAUUCCCCAUUGAACCCUACUGAGAUCCUUCUAAAGGUCAGCACUAUCCAGAAUUUGGAGAAGUUGGACGUGCUCAGCUCAAACCUUAAGCACAAUGCAAAUGUCCACAGUGUUCAGGGAUCAUCUGUGUCCAACGCACAACACAAACAAGAAAAUGUACAUUGUCAUUCGACAGAACCUAACAGAACCGAUCCUUCUACUGCAUUGUCUAAGACGCAAGGUUCAUCUGUUCCCGCUGAGAUAAAUACCCACAGGAAACAAUCUCAAAUGAGAAAUAUGACUUUACAAGGAUCCUCCGAAGUUCCAUCCUCUGUACUUGCUUUGACCACUGCACAUCCAACAGGGUCAUACAGCAACAGCAAGAAGAAAGGAACUUCACCUGUGAAUAGGAGGUCUUCUUCUUCUGUAGAAGAUGGUAUCCAACAAUUAGGAUUGUACACAAGCUGUGAGGCAGUGCAGCCUUUGCGAAUGGUAAUAGGACAAAUCAAGAAAGAACACAAUCAGAAAAAAAAACCUGAACUUACUGUCACAGCUGAUCCCUUCCGAGAAAAAAGUGGCUUUCAGCUCCUUACAGUAAAACAACUUGAGGCGUAUGAGGCUCAGACGGUGUCUCAGUUUAACAAAAUAGAGGCACUAGAGAAAGAGAGUAGGCUUAAGGAGCGUAAAAAGGAGCGAAUUAUGAAAAUUAAUGGACAAAUCACUGAAAAGUUCAACGAUAACUAUAAAUGAUCUUUUUUAAAAAAAAGUCACGUUAGCACUUUUAAAAAAUAUCAAUUAAUGGUUGGCUCCUCUGGUAGCAAGACAUGAAAUAUUGAUAUUGAUGAAUUAUCUUCACCAAAGGCAUUAAUGAUGAAUUCUAUGUGCAUGCAGUAAUGAAUCGCGUAAUAAAAUAAUCUGUUAAAAAAGCUCCAA